AUGAAAGUCCUUCUUGUCGGCGCAACUGGAAAUCUUGGUCUUCGCUUUGUCGCUGCGCUCCUCACUCAUGGUCAUGAAGUCGUCGCAUAUGUUCGUUCUUCCAACAAACUCGAAGCUCUCCUUCCAGCAAACGUAUAUAGCAAGAUUGCUGUCUUCGAGGGAGAUGCUACAGACAUGACCUCAAUCAAACGUGCUAUACUCGAGAACGAUUGCGAAGCUGUCGUCAAUACCGCUGGUGUAGCAGCCAUGGCACCGUGGAAGAGAAACAACCUACCAGAGAUCUUCUCCGCCGUACUCAAAGGCACACAACAAGCUGGAUCAGAAAGGAACCAACCACUACGAAUCUGGCUUCUUGGUGGCCUGGGCGUAUUGAACUUUCCUGGAACGGAAACCAUGCUCUCAAAUNUAAACAUCAAGCUUUUGAGAGCCUUGCCACCUCAUUCGGUCGACUGGUCUCUGCUCUGCCCAAGCACCAUGGUGGCCGAGAGGUCGGAAGUCAGCGUACCGGCGAAGUCCAGCCAUGGUAGAUUGACUGCCGAGGCCUCGUCGCCACCGUUGUGGAAAGACCCGUGGCUCAAACACAUUCCUUUCCUUGGANAAAUGAUCUUGGCUGGCGUGAACGCGUCCAGAUACGAAACGACACUCGAGCAGAACGCCGACUUCGUUGCAAGUGAUUUGAAGGACCGUGAGAGUCGUUGGAUCGGAGCAACAGUUGGAGUCAUCGAUGCGAAGAAGUAG